AUGAGUCAAGCAAUCGUUCCGCACGGCGAAGUUCGACAGAAAAGGACAUUAUGGGGCAAGAUAAGACGUAUCAUAUGGGAUGAUAUUGAAGAUCCCGAGGAGAGAGCUUUCGUCAGAAGACUGGAUUGUGGUUUGAUGACCAUUGCGAUGCUUGGAUAUUUCGUCAAAUACUUGAGUCAAGCCAACGUUGCGAACGCUUAUGCAAGUGGUAUGAAGGAAAGUCUCGGAUUCACAGGCAAUGAGUACAAUACUUUAUUGACAAUGUUCACGGUUGGAUAUGUCAUCGGUCAAUUCCCUGGUACUUUGGCGACCGUCCGAAUAUCACCCUCGAUUUGGCUCCCCACAUGUGAAGUCGUAUGGACCGCUUUGGUCAUGGCAUGUGCCGCAGCGAAGAAUGUUCACACCCUUUACGGACUGCGUUUCAUCAUUGGUCUCCUCGAAGCUUCAGCUUACCCCGGUAUGCUUUGGGUUCUCGGUUCAUGGUAUGGUCCGGCUGAAUUAGGGAAAAGAGUCGUCAUGUUCCAAGCUACUUCAUCUGUAGGAACCAUGUUCUCUGGUUAUUUGCAAGCAGCAGUACAUUCAGGAUUAAAUGGUGUUGGAGGUCUUACUGGAUGGCAAUAUCUCUUCUUAAUGGACGGUGUAAUAUGUAUGCCUAUUGCCAUUGCCGGCUACUUCCUCAUCCCUGAUAUUCCUACAAAACCCAACCCAAGAGCAAGAUGGUACCUUCGAGAUCAGGACAUCAAAAUGGCUAUCUCGAGGAUGGAAAGGUAUAAACGAGCUCCCACCAAAGGAUUCACUAUCGAGAUUUUCAAGAAGACAAUGACUUCAUGGGUUCCUUGGACUUUCUUCAUCCCUUACACAUGCUUCGUGGUCGGUCUUGGUUCUUAUGCCUACAUGAAUUUAUGGCUGAAGGCUACCCCUCAAUGGAAGAACAAUAUCACCGCUAUAAACGUUAUUCCUACUGGAGGUUAUGGUUUGUCAAUCGUUAUGUCGUUGAUUUACGCUUGGACAAGUGAUGCUCUCAAUACACGUUGGCCGAUUUGUUUCAUCGGUGGUUUCCCUCCACUCGUUGGUAACAUCAUCUUGGCAGUAUGGCCAUCAGCAAAUUCCGCUAAAUUCGCAGGGUUUUUCUUAAACUUUACUGCUACUCCGAUUGGAGCAAUCAUGCUUGCUUGGGUCAAUGAGAUUAUGGCUGCUUCAGGUGAAGCUAGAGCUAUUACCAUUGGAUUCUUGAAUACUGCAGCAUACACAGUUAAUGCUUGGGCUCCUAAUCUCAUCUUCCCUGCUUCUCAAGCUCCUCAUUAUAAAGCAGGAUAUAAAGUCACUGCUGCAUUCUUCGCUAUCUGGAUCAUCUCCAUACCUAUUAUCAUAGUACUACUACGCUCUCUGCCAGUACCAACCUGGAUCGAUGAGUCUGUACAUUCUGGAAAGGAAGAUGACAACAUAGAAAAACACCCUGAUCUGGAAUCAUCUCUUAACAGGAGUAUGGUGGUUGCUGGUGUUGAUGGGAAAGCCACAGAGCCUCAAUAA